UUUACGAGCCGUUCACAACACAAAAUGUGGAGCACUGGAGGAAAGACAAAGGCCGCGGCCCCGACGUCCAUGGCGCCUCCGCUCUUCAGCAUGUCCAAAGGCCCUGCCACGAAGGCAGCUCCGGCGCCGGCCACGAGCACUGCCAAGGAGGCCAAGGCCGUAGCCCCUGCCAGCGGCGGUCUCAAGUCCGUCCUCGGCUUGGCGAGCUCGAUCGCACCGGCGGUCUUGGCCAACGUGCUGCCCGAGAUCCACGUCAACCUCAUGUGCGCGCACGAAGCGACGGGCUCAAUCGUGGUCCUGGGUGCGAAAGGCCGCCUUUGCUACGUCAACGUGCAACAUGCGGCGCCAAUCUUGCACGAUCUGACGACGACGCCGGCGAUGGCUGCGACCCUGGCGACGGCCACUGGCUUGUCGUUCAACGCGUCUGGCACGCGCGUCCUCGUCGAGGCGUCGGCGAGCAAUGCGACGCCAGGUAGCGACUUGUAUACAUUUGAGCUUCCGUUCGGCGCCCGCAACGUGCCGUCCACGACGACAGGCGAGCGCGUCCUCGUCAAGUUCAAGGACGGUACGAGCCGUGCUGUGACGCUCUCCAAGAGACAGGGCGUGGAUACCUUGCAGCGUGCUAUGGACGCACUCACAAGCGACGAGCGAGCGAACGUCAAGACCGUCUGCCAAGAUGUUUUUGACAUUGACCUCCAGCGCGUGACGCUGCCACCCAACGUCCGCAGCCGGCACGCGCUCUGGCAUCCGCUGAGCGACGCCCACGUCGCUAUCCUAAGUACGAUUGAAGACCUUCGGCUCGUCGAUGUCCACGACGGCUCGACGGACCAAGUCCAUGCGCUCGCUUGUGCGCCGACGACAUCGGCCGCCGUGCACUCGACCGCCAUUGCGUUUGGCCCGUCGACAGGGUGGGAAGUCUUUACAGUGUACAUCCUUCGCUCCAACGGCGACGUCUACGCCCUCAACCCGUUCGUGCCAUCGACCAAGGCAGCGGUCGCUACGUCGCUGCUUGUCUUUCUCAAGCAAAAGACGGAAGCGCUUCUAUCGACCGCGUCCUCGCAGGAAGCCACGGUCGUGCUCAAGGCGCAGCGCCACUGGCUCGACGAGCUCUGGCCCACGGCGGUGUCGCGCCCCGCCGUGAGCAAGUUUAGCGCCCCGCUCCACGACGAGGAGGACGAGCCCCGCCCGGCGCCCCUUGUGCCCACGACGCGCAUCAGCACAACGUCCGGUCUCCGCCCGCACACUUGGCCACUGCAGCUGCAAGGCCCGUUCCAGCGCGCGGGUGCGUCGUGGACGCGGCCGUCCGACGCUGCCGCACGCUCGCUGAGUGCGGUCCCGUACCCGCUGCAGGACAACAACAUUGGCCAGCACCCUGUGCUGGCGGUCGCCUACUCGUCUGGCCAUGUUGAAAUCGUGGUGCUGGCGAAAGAAGCGCGGCCAUUGUGGCAGUCGAGCCACGUGUCGCCGCCGCCGCCGUCGCCGCUGUACGUGGUUGAGGUCCUCGAUCUCGGUACGGACGCCAACGGCGGCAAGGCCGUUCUCCGUGCCAAAGCCCAUUUGCCCUACUUUGUCUACGUCUUGCAUUCGACCAGCGUCCACGUCAUCCACGCCCACUGGAUGCGUUCGCCGCUCACGGGACCCGUGACCAGCGCCGUGCGCCGCGUGUUUUCCGUGUCACCCAACGCACUCGCGUCGUCGCACGCAAUUGGCGCGUCGAUUCUCCACACGGUCGAACUCGGUCACUUGAUUGUGGUCCAGCUCGUCUCGGGGGCCUUCGAGAUCGUCAACGUCAGCGCCGCCGUCGUGCCCAGCGUCACAGCGACCAAGCUGCGGUCGCCGCCAACGUCGUCGUCAUCGUCGCUUGUGCCGCUACGCGAUCUCGUCGACGCGACCAACGCCAAGCGCCCGUCGACGACGACCGCGCACGUGGCCGGCGCGACGCCGCUUUCGCACGCGACGAUGGCGACGGUCCAGUUCACGUUGGAUCAUGUGCGGCAGCUCAACGACGAGGUCGCCUACCUCACGGAACUCCAGCUGCUCGCGUCCAACCGACUGAGUUUGCACAAGGAGAUGGCGACGAAGCAGACGUCGUCGAUGGCCGAGCUUCAAAAGCACAUUGCGGCGCUCGAAGCCUCGACGAUCGCGCUCUCGGACCGCGUCAAGCACGUGCAAGCAACGCAGGCGCGGCUCAACGCGCGCGCGGCCGCGGCGCUUCAAGCCAUUCGCGACAACCAAGUGGUGGUGACCAAGGCCGAGAUCAAGUACAAGGAAGACCUUGUCGACAUGCAGACGCAAGUGCGCCGCCUCACGCCGCAAGUGGUGCAAAUGAACAUGGACGCGGAGAAGCUGCUGCGGACGGCCAAGCCGACGACGCCGUCGGGCCGAUCGUUCUCGGACGAGAAGGAGCGCAUGGUCCACGACGUCUUGACCGCCGAGACGCAGCUCAUCGCGGACGCCAAGGCGAUUCUGAACGACCUCACCGCCAAGGUCGCCACGCUCAAGCUCUCGGUCGCGUGAGAUCUAAGAUUGAACGACGGCCUUUGUAUUAAAUAAGUGGAUGGAAAACAACAACACAUUAAAAUGUCGAGCUGCGCUUG